CCACAAUAAUAGAAAGCCAGGAUCUUACCUUUAUGUUUUCUUUUUCCUUUGUUUAAAUAUUUUUUUUGUCGGAUUCCUUUAUGUAAAUAUUAGUCGAAACUCAGAAUUAUUGGGAGGAACGAUAUAUAAAUAUCAACAAAUAUAAUCCUUUUUUCUCUUCUUCCUCAGUUUUGCUACUUUAUCCAACCUAGGAGCUGUGAAGGGGGAAGAAUUUGAUAUCAUGGCAAAUUCUAAGCUGCAAGCAAUUUGGAACCACCCAGCCGGCCCAAAAACUAUUCAUUUUUGGGCCCCAACUUUUAAAUGGGGUCUAACCAUUGCAAAUAUUCUUGACUCCUCAAAACCACCUGAGGACUUAUCGUAUGCUCAGCAAUCAGUCCUUGCAUGCAGUGGACUUAUAUGGGCAAGAUACAGCACAUUAAUUAAACCAAAGAACUGGAAUCUUGUCAGUGUCAAUCUUGGGAUGUCUCUAACUGCCCUGUUUCAACUGUCACGUAAAAUUCAGCAUGACUCAUCUGCCAAAAACCAGCAAGCUUCUGCAGAAGAAGAAUAAAGACAAUUUCACUUCAACUAAUUGUAUAUUAACUUGGCAUGCUGGUUUCUAGCUAGACAGACUCUUGUUCUAGUCAUGUAAAAUUAUUAUUCCUUACAGUAAAACAUAAUCUUUCUCAUGGAUUAUUGUUGGAUUAUGUUUGAACCUCAUGGUUCAAUUGAGGCCAAUGAAAAAUUUAACCUCAUCGAUUGCUUCUU